AUGAAUUGUAGAAAUACAAUACAAAACAUUAUAGGCAUUUAAUUUAAUACAAGAGAAAUCGAGUAAGAAAUUUCAAAAAAUGCGUGUUAUGCGAGUUCCGUUGAAACUUCUUAUGGUGUCAGGAUGUUGGCCACCAGUUUCCUGGUCCUCGCUGUGCAAACAAAUAGUAUACAACACAUAUACAAUUCUCGUAUGUUUACUACUGUUCACCUUUAUGGUGCCACAAUUCGUGGAUGUCAUCAUGCAUAUCAAAAAUCCCGACGAUUUCACGGAUACUCUUUACCUAAUGCUGGCUAUGAUGAUGGCUUGCGCCAAAAUGCUUGGUCUGCUAAUGAAUCGUAAAAACAUCGAGAUAUUAACCAAUGCGUUAAUGGAGAAACCAUUUAGACCAUUGGAAUCGGAUGAGAUCAAAAUUCGACAGAAAUUCGAGAACAUCAUACAGACCAAUACUAUAUGGUAUGCUAUCAUGCUCGAGACGACAUGUACGUGCAUGAAUAUAUCAUCCUUUUUUACGGACUUCCGGAGAGGAAAUUUAGCAUACAGGGAGUGGAUACCAUAUGAGUAUUCAUCCGGUAUAAUGUUUUAUAUUAUUUACUUUCGUCAAUUAAUAAGCAUGACGGCUGGAUGCGCCGUGAACGUUGCCGGUGACUGUCUGAUCUGCGGAUUGCUGUUGCAUAUUUAUUGCCAGAUCGAGAUCUUGGAGUGUCGGUUGAAGAAAUGCUUACGCGGUCGAGGCAGUUUGGGUGAAUGUGUACAUGAACACGACCGUAUCUAUAAGAACAACACGUUAUACUGCUUCGUUCUGGUCGGGUCGACGUGCGUAUGUAUAGCUCUGACUUCCCUAUUCACAAACUUCAGAAGAGGGAACCUAACGUACAAGGCAUGGUUACCGUUCAAUUAUUCGUCCCCCGUGUUAUUCUACAUCACGUACGCUCAUCAAUUGACAAGCAUGGCAACGAGCGCUUUGGUCAACCUCGCCUGCGAUUGCUUCAUCUGCGGGCUCCUGCUGCACGUUUGCUGCCAGAUCGAGAUAUUGGAACACCGGCUGAACAACAAGUCACAUACUUGGGAAACCUUGCGCGAAUGCGUACGUCACCACGACCUUAUAUUUGACUUCGCCUUCGUGGUGAACAAUAGAUUCGCAAAAAUAAUCGCUAUUCAAUUCAUAACGAGCACGCUAGUGGUAUGUUCCAAUUUGUAUCAAUUAGCCCAGACAACAAUGAGCGCAGAAUAUCUUCCACUAAGUCUUCAAUUGACCGAUCGUAUUUUUGAAAUGAAUUGGCCAAAACUGAAUAAUAAUUUCAAGAAAACUCUUCUAAUGAUUAUGAAUCGAGCAACGAUACCAAUCGAGUUUACCAGCGCCUAUCUGUUUUCCAUGAAUCUUGAAUCUUUUGUAGGGGUUAGUAUUGAGAAAAUUUAUAAUUUUUGUAGCCGAUUUUAUUGAUGAAACAUUGCUUAUGUUAUUUUUCUUUUUUUCCCCUUAGCUUUAUAUUUAGAGUUUGUACACACCUAACACAUUUGCAUUUUACACUAAUAAUUUCAUUAAAUAUAGAGAGAUUUUAAGUUUUUAAUUUAUAUUGCACUAUCACUAAAAAAAUUGAUUGUUUGAUUUUGUGACUCUAAAAAAUGUUUU